AUGCCUCGCUACGGCGCCCUAGGGGCAACCUUCCUUAUCGCCCGUGCUAUCCAGGCAUGCUCGCUCAUCGCCAUCAUCGGCCUCACAGCGAACUUCAUCGCCGAGAUUGUUCGCUACGACGCAAAGCCUCCUGACAUCUUCAUCGGUACCAUCACCGUUACCUGCAUUUCCUGCAUCUACACAAUCAUAACCUCAAUCCUCUUCAUCGACGACAUUCUCCCCUUCCUCGCCGCCGGAAUCCUAGACUUUCUCCUGCUCAUCGCCGUGAUUGUUGUCGCAGUCGUAAUCGGGAAACCGCUCUCUUACCUGGAGUGUGGCGAGAUCGGCGACAUCCUCAAGGGCAAGUUUGCAAGAGACGACGGAAGCUCGGCGUAUACCUUUGCGACGCAUCUUAGUUCCUACCUGGACCACCUCAGCGGCGCAGUGGACUACAAGAGCUGGAUUGGAAUGUCGAAGGGGGUUUGUGUUGAGGCGAAGAGUAUUUGGGGGUUGAGUAUUGCUAUGUGUAUCAUGUUCUUCUUCACGACCAUCUGCUGUGUUUGUCUCUGGAGACAGAAGAAGGUGGCUUCAAAUGCAAAUCUGGGGAAGGAGAUUGAGUGA